AUGCUCUUGGGCUACCGCGGAAGCGGAUACUAUGGAAUGCAAUACAACCCGCCCCACAGGACCAUUGAAGGCGAAAUCCUUGCCAAGUUGCUCGAAGUGGGCGCCAUUUCCGAGAAGAAUUCGUCCGCACCGAAGAAAAACUCCUUCAUGGCGGCGGCAAGAACGGACAAGGGUGUGCAUGCCAUGUUGAAUCUACUCUCGCUGAAGAUCUCGCUGCAAGAAGACACAGUUGCUAAAUUGAACGCCGCACUACCGCCCGAAAUCCGCGUGUGGGGUAUUCAGCCCGCCAACAAGAAUUUUAAUGCCAGAUCCGCAUGCGGCUCCCGCUGGUACGAAUACCUUGUCCCGGAUUUCGCACUCAUAGGCCCACCCCGGAGUUCCUCCUUGUACCAAAUCGUGGGGGGAUGCUACCGCGAAGACGGCUCGCAAGAGGUGUGGGAUGCGUUCCUGGAACAGGCGCGCAGGAGAUUCAGCGGGGAUGAGCUGUACCGUUUGCAGGACACUGCACAGAAACCAUGUGAGGACGAUCCUCUUAUGCAAGACUACGUGGGGCUCUUAAGUGCUGCGCUUAACAACUACCGCCUGCCGAGCUCGAAACUGCACGCUUUGGAGGCAGCCAUGAAGGAGUACGUGGGGACACAUAACUUCUACAAUUUUACCACAGGUAAACUCUCCGGGGACCCCAGUGCCCAGCGCCAUAUCAAGGAGGUCGUGGUGACACAGACCUCGUCGAGAUGGAUAAGCGUACGAAUUCACGGCCAGUCAUUUAUGCUGCACCAGAUUCGCCGAAUGGUAGCGCUUGCCGUGAUUGUUGUCCGUUGUCAGUUGCCGCCCAGCCUUGUCCGCAACCACUUCGCCGCCGGAGUUAGGAAGUACAUUCCGAGAGCACCCGCUCAGGGCCUUUUGCUCGAGGGACCUGUUUUUGACCAGUAUAACACCAAGCUGCGCAACCUGAAGUACCGCGAAAUCCGCCCAGACAGGAUCACUCUCGAGCACAUGUGCCGUUUCCGGGACCGCCAGAUCUACACCGCGAUCGCGCAAGAAGAGACGCAGCGUCACGUGUUCUGCCACUUUGUACGACGCAUGAACUGCCUGGUCACGCCAAUAAUCUAG